AUGACACUCUGUUCGUUAACUCGGAACAGAGCCACUGCUCUAAGCCCCAGUGAGCCCCAGGCAGAUUUGGGUCAGAGAGCCAGAGCUGUUUCAUACACUGAGCCCAUCUACAGAGGCCAUAUGGAUGAGAAGGUGGUUAUACUGGUGUACUACCUGUUGUACAAGCAUCAAAUGAAAGAGCCUAUUACCAAGGCAGAUAUGCUGAGAAAUAUAAUCCAGAUUUAUAGGAAUCACUUCCUUGAGAUCCUCAAGAGAGCUUCUGAGCACCUGGAAAUGAUCUUUGGCCUUGACCUGAAGGAAGUGGAUCCCUACUGGCACAUCUAUGUCCUUGUCAACAAGCCAGAACCAAGCUAUGAUGCAAACCUGAGCGAUGAUAAAGAGGUUCCCAAGACAGGCCUGUUGAUGGCUGUUCUGGGUGUGAUCUUGACUAAGGGCACUUGUGCCACUGAGGAGCAAGUCUGGCAAAUAUUGAAUGGGAUGGGGUUAUAUGAGGGGAGGAAGCACUUCAUUUUUGGGGAGCCCAGGAAGCUUAUCACCAAAGAUUUAGUGCGGGAAAGGUACCUGGAUUACCGCCAGGUGCCCAACAGCGAUCCUCUGUGCUAUGAGUUUCUGUGGGGCCCAAGAGCCCACACUGAAACCGGGAAGAUGAAAGUGCUGGAGUUUGUGGCCAAGAUCCAUGAUACGGUCCCCAGGGCCUUCCCAUCCUGGUAUGAAGGGGCUUUGAGAGAUGAGGGAGAGAGAGCCCGAGCCAGGGCUGCAGCCAGGGCUGGCACUGCUGCCCUGGCCAGCAUGCGCUCCAGGGCCAUAGCCAGCAGCUCCUCCCACCCCAAUAGAGUCUGA